AUGGACCCAUCAGAAGUCAACGUCCCUCCGCUCAAGGACUUGACCAUCGACAACAUUACCGAGAAUGUACACAUGAUCAACUCACAAUGCGACGACCCGAGAAUGAAGUACCUCCUCGAGAGACUCGUCUCUCACGUACAUGACUUUGCUCGCGAGACAAGACUCAGCACAAACGAGUGGAUGGCCGCCAUCCAGUUCCUGACCAAGGUCGGCCAGAUCAGCAGCGACGUACGCCAGGAGUUUAUCUUGCUCUCCGAUGUUAUUGGCCUCUCUCUGCUCGUCGACAGCAUCGACCACCCUAAGCCCGUUGCUAGCACAGAGGGUACUGUGCUAGGUCCCUUCCACACCCACGAAGCCCAACUCGAGGGCAACGGUGGUAGCAUCUCACACGAUCCCGAAGGCGAGCCCUGUCUAGUCCUCUGCACCGUCAAGGACACCACUGGAAAGCCAAUUGAUAACGUGAAGAUUGAUAUCUGGGAGACGGACAGCAAGGGCUUCUACGACGUUCAAUAUGCAGAGAGAGACGGUCCCGACGGCAGAGCUGUCAUGAAGAGCGACAACGACGGCGUCUUCUGGUUCAAGGCUAUCGUGCCAGUACCAUAUCCCAUNCCUCACGAUGGACCUGUCGGUCAACUUCUCAAGAAACUGAAGCGUCACCCGUACCGUCCUAGCCACAUGCAUUUCAUGUUUGAGAAGCCGGGUUACGACAACCUCAUCACGUACGUCACCAUAUCUCUUCUUUCUAUGACAAGCAUACUGACUCCAUCCCAGNNCGCCCUUUACCUACGCGGCGACCCAUACGAGACCUCAGAUGCCGUUUUCGGCGUCAAGGAAUCCUUACUCAUCGAUCUGGGAACUGUAUCUGCGGAACAAGCCAAAGAGUAUGGCGUAAAAGAAGGCGACAAGCUCAUCACAUACGACUUCGUCCUUGUGACCGACGACGAAUCGCGCAAGCUACGGGAAGAGAAGGCCAUGGAAGCCAUGAAGAAGCUUGGCAGGAGGAUGAAACUAUACCAGGGUCUACCCGUGCCCGACGUCGAUUAG